GAGAGACGGUUUCCUUCCCCCGUUAUUAACACAGUGGGUGUAACGUAGCGCUCCAGGAUGGAAACUAAACCGGUUAUCACCUGCCUCAAAACGCUCCUCAUCGUCUAUUCCUUCGUGUUUUGGAUAACAGGAGCCAUCCUGCUGGCAGUGGGAGUAUGGGGGAAGUUGAUGCUGGGCCCGUACAUCUCUCUGAUAGCCGACAACUCCACCAACGCCCCGUACGUCCUCAUUGGCACCGGCACCGUCAUCAUUGUUUUUGGUCUGUUUGGAUGCUUCGCCACCUGCAGAGGAAGCCCAUGGAUGCUGAAGCUGUAUGCCAUGUUUCUAUCGCUUGUCUUCCUCGCUGAGUUAGUGGCUGGGAUCUCUGGAUUUGUGUUUCGCCACGAGAUAAAGGGAACCUUUCACAGGACAUACACUGACGCAGUCCUCAACUACAAUGCUGAGGAUGAGGCGAGCCGCGCUGUUGAUAACUUGCAGCACAAGCUGCGCUGCUGUGGAGUUUAUAACUACACCAGUUGGUUUGGCAGUGUGUAUUACCCAUCCAAUGGCAUUCCUGCCAGCUGCUGCUUUAACUCCUCUGACUGCAACCCAGAAGACCUCCGCGAUGCAACUCUAGCCCCGAGCAAGGUCUACCACCAGGGAUGCUAUGAGCUGGUCACUUCCUUCAUGGAAACCAACAUGGCCAUUAUUGCAGGAGUGACGUUCGGGAUCGCUUUCUCACAGCUGAUUGGCAUGUUGCUAGCCUGCUGUCUGUCCAGGAUCAUCACAGCCAAUCAGUAUGAAAUGGUCUAGCUGAUGUGACGUGGCAGGGAGAUGAAGAGAAGAAGAGACAAACAGCCUUGACACAUGACAAGAGUAAAUUCCCGAAACACUAUCACAUGUCUGUAUUGGAAUUUACCUCCCUCCGUCUCUCUGCCUGUGAUCUUAAUGUAAUAUCUUAAUGUAUCUUAUUGUAAAGCACCAUUCCUUGACUCACUGCUGUUGCAUCAAAACGUUCUAUACCACACAUCACACUGCUGCUUGAUGUAGAAGUUGCUCAUGAGCACAUGUCUCGGAUCAGUACGGCCUGCGACCUACAACGACCAGGUAACCCAGAGUUGUCGGAGUUGACAGUGGUGUUGGUCUCGGAUAGGUGACCGGGUGCAACUUGGCUUCUCAGUUGGUUGCAGCAUGCUUCACCGACCGCCAUCAGAGGACCACUGCACAUCUUUGUACAGAAUGACAUUACUAAAGCUUGAAAGUAACUCUUUAAUAGAUAGGUUUAGUUUUGCAUUUGACUUUGCUAUCGCUCACCAUUGUAUAUUCCUAUGGUUGUGACAUUUUGUGAACUGAUUAUGUGUACUGAGGAUGAUGUUUUAAGUUUAUAUGAAAAAUAAGGGCACUGACAAAGGAGAGAAAAGGGAGAAUUCUUAGAGAGUAUUUUUAACAGCAGACAAGGCACUAUAUUGUUUUUUGACGUGAUAAUUUAACUCAGUAGCACAUUACAAGAUACGUUACAUGUUUAAAAGUAUGAGCUCAAGUCUGGGAUAAAUACAGAACAACACAGAUUCCAUGUGGGAAAUUUUACAGGCAAACUCCCCCAGUACCCUAAAAUAAUGCUCUACUUUGCCCUAAUUUACAGCCAGUACCCACGCUUAAAGUGAAAGAAAUCUAUUCAUCAGGCAAAGUGAAAGAAUACAAAUCAGUCACAGUGUAGACUGAAGGCCAGGUCACACCAGAAUGUUGCUAAUGGACUAAUAAGUUCACACAGUUUAUUCAAAAGAUGGAGUUGUACCAUCGACUCCUGUCUCAUAACUGUCUGCAAGUCAUCCCUGUUGUUUGCAGCAGUUUAGACUCCGACAGAGGAGGUUAAAUAGUGGAUGAUGCAACACAGUUAAAAGCAACAAAAGCGUCAUCAGUGUUGUCCCUCUGUUCCCUUAUAGGUCAGUUCUGUUAGUAUGUCCAUGGUCAGCACUGUCAGGAUGACUUGCUAUUGGUCAGUGGCACGAAUUCACUUAUGCAAAGUUGAACUGACGUGAAAAUGUGUGCAGAUUUACUGUACAUGGUCCCCGCUAACAAAUCCACUUAUUGCAGAGAUUUUAUUCUAAUGAAUUGAUUUUGCUGCGGCAUUCAACACUGCUGGUGUGACCCGGCCGGUUAGCGCGUUCGAAUGGCAACAUGGUCUCCCGCUGUUUGGAACAACCAUUGCCGUCGUCUUAGGGAGUGUUGAGAUGUAAUGAAUCAUACAAUUGGGGAUGAAAAGUGAUGAAGCUGUGUGAACAACAAAGAGAUUAAGACAGAGGUUUAAAUCCUGCCAACUUUCACACCUCCACACACUUGGCCAAUCUGAAAAGUGGCUUAAGUCCAGAAUGUCACCAUUUAGCUUGAAAGCUGAAAAUAUUGUCUUUGCUGACCUCCAUUGGUUGAAGUUCUCACCUUGUUUCAGUGAUGUAGAGGUGUACCUGACAUCACUGUUGGGUAUUGUUACAGGUGCAGCAAAACCAGGAUCAUGGGUGUGAACAGGCUUGAGAUUUUCAACCACAAGAGGUCAGUGAAGCACAGAUUUUCAGCCUGUUCUGUUCAUAUCAAACCGUUCGGGUCAUUAAAUGCUUUCUUCUGGUGGAACACGAUGCCAGCUGUGUGCUACAGAGAGAGACCUCGGCAUUAGAGAUUUGCAGGACUCAAGCAGUGUUCAUCUAGUAUUUACAGUAUUCUAUGUCGUGCAUCAACAUGCCAUCAUCAUCAUCUGUAGAUAUUUAUUGGAAAUGUACUUUAUAUGAUGUAAUGUUUCUCAUUCUAAUAUGCUAAUCAGUAUAAAUGUCGUGUCACAGUUUUGAUUCUGCACUCUGUGCUGUUAAUCUGUAUUUGUUUGAUAGUUUAUAGGAAUAUCGCACUGAAAAAAUACUUGUGGCCAAUGUUUUGUUGAGAGUAACGUGCAACAUGUAGCUGUUUGAAUUUAGCUGUAUAUUUAUUAUGGUUUGGUUGGCAUUAAGUUUACACUUUCACCAAGUGAUUUUCUGUCUCUCUUUCAGUGUGAGUGUGAGCGUGUGUGAGAUUUUGUUCUCUAUUUUUAUUUGUCUCCUUAACCUCGAGUGUGUAUUUUCCUUGAAUGACAAGGGAUGUGUGUGUGUGUGUGUGUGUGUGUGUGUGUGUGUGUGUGUGUGUGUGUGUGUGUGGGAGAGAGAGAUUCCUGCUGUAUUCAGUUUUGGUCAGUAUUUGGUUGUGGCUUUUCAAACCUCGUUGCUUUUCAAGCUGUACAUUUAUUUAGUGAAUGUAUGUUUUCCAACACUCUGAAGCUUAUUUUCCUUCCCCAAACUGACAUUGUCUUGUAAAUACUAAAUUGUAAUACCAUCCUGCUUACACAUGGGGUCACCAGACACUCAAAAAGAAUUGCACCCUGCUGUCUACUAUUGACUAAGUCACCA